AGGAUUUAAAAUGCAAAAAACCCUUUAAAAUAUAAUAAGAUUUUGAAUGGUAGUUAUAUCUUAUCACAAGUAAAUUUAGCUUUAACAAGCAACCAAUUCAUAAAAUUGAAUCAGAAGAGGCGGGAACUAAUUCAUCAGCAGAACCAUUACCCUCCAUGCAAAUCCUCGAUGGCCAUCUCAAUUACACACUCUCACUGCAUUACCUCAACCCUAACACAAACCCCAUUCUUAAACAAAACUCACACACAAAUCAAUUUAUCUCAAAAACCCAUUAAUAUUGACAAUUUCCCAUCUCUUAAAGAAAAAUGCACAAAUUCAACUCUGAACGAUGCUUUUCACUCCCUGCUUAUUGAUCCUGAUCAUGCCUAUGCACCACUGCUUGAAUUUUGUGCAAAGCAGAGGAGUUUACAACAAGGCAAACAAAUCCAUGCCCAUAUGAUUAAAUCCAAUUCCGGGUUCAGUUCCGUGUUCUUGAACACUAAGCUUGUGUUUAUGUAUGCGAAGUGUGGGUCUGUUUUGGAUGCGGAGAUGGUGUUCGAUAAAAUGUCUGAGAGAACUAUUUUUACGUGGAAUGCUAUGAUGGAUUGUUAUGUCUCAAAUGGGGAACCUUUAGAAGCUCUUGAAAUGUAUUUCGAAAUGCGGAAUUUUGGGGUUUGUUUUGAUUCUUAUAGCUUCUCUGUUUUGCUUAAAGCCUGUGGUAUGGUUGAGGAUGUUCAUUGUGGGUCUGAAAUUCAUGGGUUGGCUAUUAAAUAUAGGUGUGAUUCUGUUGCGUUUGCUGCUAACUCUCUUGUUGCUAUGUAUGCUAAGUGUAAUGAUCUAAAUGGGGCCAAGAAAAUGUUUGAUAGAAUGAAGGAGAGAGACGAUGUUGUGUCGUGGAAUUCUAUAAUCUCAGCUUAUUUAGGGAAUGGCAGGUUUCUUGAGGCGUUGGAGUUGUUUAGGGAAAUGCAAAAGAUUGGUGUUGCUGCUAAUAGUUAUACUCUUGUUGCUGCUCUUCAGGCAUGUGAUGAUUCUUCCUUAGUGAAAUUAGGUUUGGAAAUACAUGCUUUUAUCUUAAAGUCGAGUGGAGUACUCGACAAUUAUGUGGCAAAUGCGUUGGUAGCUAUGUAUGUUAGAUUGGGAAAAAUAGCUAAUGCGGCAGUAAUUUUUGAUAAUUUGGAAGGGAAAGAUAUUGUUACAUGGAAUUCGAUGCUCACAGGUUUCAUUCAGAAUGGUCUCUAUAGUGAAGCUUUGGAAUUCUUCUGUUAUUUGCAGAAUGCUGGUUUGAAACCUGACCAGGUUUCCAUAAUAAGCAUUGUUACAGCAUCUGGCAGACUGGGUCAUCUAUUAAAUGGAAAGGAAAUUCAUGCUUAUGCAAUAAAGCAUGGGUUUGAUUCUAAUGUGCUUGUUGGGAAUACACUCAUAGAUAUGUAUGCAAAAUGCCACUGCAUGAGCUAUCUUGGCCGUGCUUUUGAUAAGAUGCCAGAUAAAGAUUUCAUUUCUUGGACUACGGUUCUUGCUGGUUAUGCCCAAAAUAAUUGUUAUCUCGAGACGUUAGAAUUGGUAAGGCAAGGGAAGAUGGAAGGUAUAAAUGUGGAUACAGCAAUGAUCAGAAGCAUCUUGCUGGCGUGCAGCGGAUUGAAUAGCAUGGUACACGUAAAAGAAAUCCAUUGUUAUAUCACAAGACGAGGACUAUCCGAGCCUAUGCUACGGAACAUGAUCGUCGAUGUGUAUGGAGAGUGUGGCCAAAUUGACUAUGCAGCCCAAAUUUUCGAGUCGAUUGAAAAUAAAGAUGUUGUAUCCUGGACAAGCAUGAUAUGUUCUAAUGUCCACAAUGGGCUUGCAAUUGAAGCUCUAAGAGUUUUUCAUUCCAUGAAAGAAUCUGGUAUUGAACCAGAUUCUGUAACUCUAACAAGCAUACUCUCGGCUGUUUCGAAUCUGUCCAUCCUGAAGAAGGGAAAAGAGAUUCAUGGUUUCGCAAUUCGAAAAGAUUUUCUCUUGGAAGGAACAUUAUCAAAUGCUCUUCUAAAUAUGUAUGCUCGUUGUGGAAGUCUAGAGAAUGCAUUUAAGAUAUUUAUUUCUGCAAAAAUUACAAGUUUAGUUUUAUGGACAGCUAUGAUCAAUGCAUAUGGCAUGCACGGGCGCGGUAUAGAAGCUGUUGAAUUAUUCACGAGAAUGAGGGAUCAAAACUUAACUCCUGAUCAUAUCACAUUUUUGGCACUUCUUUAUGCUUGCAGUCAUUCAGGAUUGGUCAACGAAGGUAAAAGAUUUCUUCAAAUUAUGAAAUGUGAGUAUCAAUUGGAGCCAUGGCCAGAGCAUUAUGCAUGUUUAGUUGAUCUUCUUGGCCGUUCGAAUCGCAUAGAAGAAGCAUACCAAUUUGUGAUCAGCAUGCAAAAUUAUGAAGCUACUCCUGAAGUUUGGUGUGCACUUCUUGGAGCUUGUCAGGUUCAUUCGAAUAAAGAAAUCGGAGAAAUUGCUUCAGAAAAGCUUUUGGAACUAAAAAUAGACAAUCCUGGAAAUUAUGUGCUUGUAUCCAAUGUAUUAGCUGCCAGAGGUAGAUGGAAAAAUGUUGAACAAGUGAGACAGAGAAUGAAGGUGACUGGGUUAAUUAAAGAGCCUGGUUGUAGUUGGAUUGAAGUUGGGAACAAAGUUCAUACAUUUCUUGCUAGAGACAAAUCUCACCCUGAAAGUGAUGAAAUUUACCAAAAAUUAGCUCACAUUACAGAGAAAUUAGUAAGGGAAGGAGGGUAUGUGGCUGAAACUAAAUUUGUUUUGCAUAAUGUAGGGGAAGAAGAGAAAAUUGAGAUGCUUUAUGGGCAUAGUGAAAGACUGGCCAUUGCUUAUAGUCUACUACGAAAUUCUGCUGAGGGAAAUCCUAUCAGAAUUACAAAGAAUCUUCGAGUUUGUGGUGAUUGCCAUACUUUCUGUAGGCUGGUUUCUAAAUUGUUUGAGAAAGAACUAAUAGUGAGGGAUUCCAGCAGAUUUCAUCAUUUCAAACAUGGAGUUUGCUCUUGUGGAGAAUUUUGGUGACUACUGGAAUUUGGAUGUCUAGCACGGAAACGUAAAUGCAUUUUGAUCCUUUUCAUAAGAAAGGGUUCUAAAUAUCCAGAGUUUGCGGAGUAAUUCUUGGGCAGAACCAAUUAAAUUAUAACACAUCAUUAAAAUGAUGACAUUAAUGUAAUUUCACUUGCUAUUUUUUUUGCACAUUUUAAUAGUAAUUACAAUAUUAUCAUUAUUUUAA